AUGGCUACCUUCUCCCGUCUGGUUCGUUUCUUGGCCAAGGACGGCCAGACUUACUACGGAGACGCCCUAUUGUCAGCGGGCGUGAGCGACAUUGCCCAAGCCACCAAGGCACGGGUCAUCCAGGGCGAUAUUUUCGGACAGCACCAUGUCACAGACCAGAUUGCCGAUAUUAAAAUGCUCCUGGCGCCAUUGGCGAGAAAAGACAUUGGGACCGUGCGUUGUCUGGGACUCAAUUAUGAACAACACGCCAAAGAAUCAAAUCUACCCUUGCCGAAAUUCCCUGUUCUCUUCUACAAGCCCGUCACCUCUGUUACGGGACCUACAGAUGACGUCCCGGUUUCCCGUAUGGCUCAACUGGGCGAGGGUCUAGACUAUGAGUGUGAAUUGGUUGCCAUCAUCGGCAAGGAAGCUAAGAAUGUGCCUGAGAGUCAGGCCCUGGACUAUGUUUUGGGUUAUGCCGUUGGAAACGAUGUCUCUCAUCGUGAAUGGCAGUUGAAGCACGGCGGAGGACAAUGGGGCCUGGGCAAGGGCUUCGACGGAUGGGCGCCCUUUGGACCAGGUAUUGUAUCUUCGAAGUUAAUCCGUGAUCCCAACAACUUGCAGAUCUCGACAAAACUGAACGGCCAAACGGUUCAAUCAUCCUCCACCAAGGAUAUGAUAUUUAAUGUGGCCAAGACAGUGUCGUUCUUAUCUCAGGGUACCACCUUGUUGCCCGGGGAUGUAAUCUUUACAGGAACACCCCAAGGUGUUGGUAUGGGUCGAAAGCCUGCGCUCUGGCUCAAGGAUGGCGAUUUGGUUGAGGUUUCUCUUGAGGGUGUCGGAUCAUGCCUGAAUCGCGUUGUCUUCGACAAGCCCUCUUCUAAGUUGUGA